AUGGGGUCCCUGAGCCUCGCGCUGCUCUUUGCUGCUGCCGUUCCGGCAUCGGCAGCUACACCAAGGGGUAAAUCGACACGCACAAGCGCGUGGCCAGAGAUCACGGACAUGCUAACAUAUCCUCCUCCAGGCCCGUCAAACCGCGAUGCCGUAUCCGUCCCAGCAUACUCUCCGCCAAGCAUGCCCGCCUUCACACCCAGACCUCCUCUGACCCCAGGGGAGAGGCCAUCGUAUGCAAACCACUCGACACCUCUGGUCACGCCCGCCGUCAGCACGAUAUAUUGGGGGACCUCUCCUGCGUCCCGCAUCACCUCUUCAGAGUCGGAUUGCAUCCCCCCGGACGAGGAUCGUCCCCCGACCACCAUCAUCAUCACACACACGGCCACCACCACCUUCUACGGCGACCCGUCCAACUACACGGCCCCCUACCCUACCCUCAGCACGAGGUCGUACUGCCAAUCCCGUAAGCUUUCCAAGAAGCCCAGCAUCACCGCCACCCGGACCAGCUCUGAAGGUGCCACCGGCUCUGAACCCACCACCACAAUCAUGGGCACCACCAUGCCGCGCUUGACCUUUACCUUCAUCACCACCGACAAGAACCCCUCUGUUGUGUACUCGCCCGGCCCCACCCCGAACUACUCGGCCGCGCAUGACAACCCGCUCCCCGACCCCGGUGUGCACAAAUCGGCUCUCCACAGCCAUGGCAGUCAGAGCCAGGCCGAGCCGGCGACUACGGCAUCACCCAAGCCUAGCCACGCCAUCACGGCAGGGAGAACAUACGUCGUCAUCGACGGCAAAACAUACAACCAUCUCUCUGCCGGCCAGACCACGACAGUGACCGUAGACAGCGAUGGCGGCAGCGGCAGCGGCAGCGGUAGCGGCAGCGGAAGUGACAGCGGUAGCGGCAGCGGAAGUGACAGCGGCGGCGGCAGUGGCAGCGAAAGUGACGACGGCAGUGACGACGGCAGCGGCAGCGGCAGUGGGAGCGGGCCGAGAGAAGUCUUCACCGUGAACCCCACUGCCGUCGUGGGCGGAGGUACAACAGUCACCAAGCCUGCUCCCCCACAGCGACCCGAGACAAGACCCACCACGAGCAUGGUGAACGGCGUGCACGUCUCAGCGUCAGGCUCGGUCGUCGACAUCGGAAACGGACACAAGAUGACGGUCCCGGCCGACGGCACGACGAGCGUCAUUGACGGGCAACACGUGUCCAUCGCCCCGGGCAUGGUGAUCGUCGGCUCCUCAGAGACGAUGACGUGGUCUGUCGAGCCGACGCACGUGUUAGUCGCGGGUGGUGAUCUAGCCACCUUUAUCGGUCCGACGGUAGUCACAUCGUCGCCAUCCUGGACGACGACAACCAUUGACGACGACACGAUGACGCUGGGUCCUGAGGGCGUGGUGGUGGUCCACAACUCAACCUUUGGCGGACUGACGGUCGAGGCAACGCGCACGGAGCACGAGAUCGUAGGAGGCGCAUCAGUCACGCAGAUUGGCUCCACGGCCGUCGUCGUCGGAGGGAAGACGUACCCGAUCGGGAACGACGCCACGGCCGACAAGCCAGUGACCACAUCUCUGGGCGGCCAGGUCCUGACCAUUGGCUCAGACGGCGUCAAGGUGGGCACAAUGACCUUGAUCAGGUCGGACGGUCAGGGUGAAGGCGGUGACGACGACGAUGCCGUCACGACUACCAUCGUUCCCAGAAGCUCUUCCUCUUCUACCAGCUCUGACACCAGUUCUGAGCCUACCAGGACGGGAAGCAGUAUAAGUGUUGUCGAUGAUGAUGGUGGUGCAGGUAUAGUGUAUCCCAACCUGCUCUUGACGGCGGUUUCGGUCCUGUCUGUUUUGGCGUGUUAUUUUCUGAAUGGUUUGACAUGA